CAGAUCAUGAGCAGCAACUCGGCCCCCACCGCAGCUGGGCCGCUCUGCUACGAGCACCUGAACGGAUCCUGUGUGAAAACCCCCUACUCGCCCGCAUCCCGGGUGAUUCUGUACGCGGUGUACGGCUUUGGGGCCGUGCUGGCCGUGUUUGGGAACCUCCUGGUGAUGACUGCCAUCCUGCAUUUCACGCAGCUGCACUCACCAACCAAUUUUCUCAUCGCCUCUCUGGCCUGUGCAGACUUCCUGGUGGGAGUGACUGUGAUGCCCUUCAGCAUGGUCAGGUCCGUGGAGAGCUGCUGGUACUUUGGGCAAAGUUUCUGUGCUUUGCACACAUGCUGUGAUGUGGCAUUUUGUUACUCUUCUCUCUUCCACCUGUCCUUCAUCUCCAUCGACAGGUACAUUGCUGUGACUGACCCCCUGGUCUAUCCCACCAAGUUCACGGUGUCUGUGUCAGGGGUCUGCAUCAGCAUCUCCUGGAUCCUGCCCAUCACUUACAGUGGUGCCGUGUUCUACACGGGGGCCCAUGAGAAUGGGCUGGAGGAAUUGUCUAGGGCCCUCAACUGUGUAGGAGGCUGUCAGAUAGUUAUAAAUCAAAACUGGGUAUUGGUACAUUUUCUAUCCUUCUUUAUAGAUAUCUUUGUGAUGCUAAUUCUCUAUUGUAAUAUUUUCCUUGUGGCCAGACAACAGGCUAAAAAGAUUGAAAAUACUGGUGGCAAAACAGAGUCAUCAUCAGAAAGUUACAAAUCCAGAGUGGCCAAGAGAGAGAGGAAAGCAGCUAAAACCCUGGGCAUCACGGUCAUAGCAUUCAUGAUUUCGUGGUUACCAUAUAGUAUUGACUCAUUAAUCGAUGCCUUUAUGGGCUUCAUAACCCCGGCCUAUAUUUAUGAGAUUUGCUGUUGGUGUACUUAUUAUAACUCAGCCAUGAACCCUUUGAUCUAUGCUUUAUUUUACCCUUGGUUUAGGAAAGCCAUCAAAGUUAUUGUGAGUGGUGGGGUUUUCAAGAACGGUUCUGCAAGCCUGAAUUUGUUCUCUGAACAAAUGUUAAGUCAUUGGGUUGAGGAAGUUAAAGGGAUUGGCUUCAGCAUCUUCUGUAUCCUGCCCCUGGCAUACAGUGGUGCCAAGAUGUACACAGAUGUCAGAGAUGAUGGGAUGGAGGGAUUAGUAAUCGUUCUCUGCUUAAAAUCCAAACAGCCCGGCAAAACGAGGGGGUGUGGUCAGGUUUGCGCAGGGCUCCUGGAGCGCACGCCGGCCCCACACUGCGCCUGCGCGCUACCGCCGCUCUCAGCCCUGCGGAUGCUCUCAGCCCUGCGGAUGCUCUCAGCCCUGCGGAUGCGUCCAGCCCAUAUCUCCCAGCCUCAACACACACCUCUCUCUGCCUGGGAAACCCCUCGAGCAGGCUGGUCCCCAGCUGCAGUGCGCAGUCUCAUCCCCGUGGCUUCUCGUUGCCGAGCACGUGGGGCGGGGCCUUCAGGAGCUGCAGCACGUGGCCUCGGUUUGCGGCUCCCGGGCUCUGGGGCUCGGGCUCAGCUUUGCGGUGCACGGACUCAGUUGCUCCUUGGCCUCUGGGAUCUUUCCUGA